CGCUUCACUUCAGGCGAAGAAGAACUGCACGGUCAGCGGCCACAUGUGAAAUUUUAGCGAUAGAAACAUGGUGGAGAAGAGUGACAUCCGCGUGGUGCGCUGCGGUGGCAGCAAAAUAAAUCUUAGAGCUCCGAUCAUCUCUUAUGACUCAAGGUACGUAUUGUGCACAUCUGGAGAUUUAGUAAAGGUCUACAGCACACGCACAGAAGAGUGGAUACAUACUCUACAAGCCCACACCAACCAAAUUACAGGCAUCGCACUGAAUCCUGCCAAUCACCUACAGGUCUACUCUUGCUCAGUAGAUGGCACUGUUAAAUUAUGGGACUUCAUUGAUGGCAUUCUUAUUAAGACUUUUGUCUUUGGAUACCCGUUGUUUUCGUUAUAUGUGUCCAAGAAACACGAGGGAGUCAUUUUCCUGCAUUGUCCGGUCACCAAAAAAUCAGAAGAUGAGGCUUUCCAGUUGGUUGCCGUCAACCUGCCCAAGUCAGCGGAACAGGAAGUGGAGGUCAAAGAGCUGAAGGCUGUUCUUUUUGAUAUCAGUUCAAAUCCUAGCUGCACAGCUGUAGGCAGAGAGGGUGAAUAUAUAGCAUCUGCAAACCACCUCAAACUUCACAUUUAUUUCUUCAGGAAGCAGAGAACAUACAGUUUUUCUCUAAAUGCAACUGAUAAGAAAGGGGCCAGAAAUGUGUUUACAUGCAUAGCCUGUCACCCAAAAGAAGACUGCAUUGGGACCGGUCAUGAAGAUGGCAAAAUCCGCUUAUGGAGAAACUUCAAUAACAAGAAAGAAUGCACACAUUCUACCAUGCACUGGCAUCACAAUGCUGUCAACACUUUGUGUUUUACUGCAGAAGGUACUAAUCUGUUGAGUGGAGGCCUUGAGUCGGUGCUUGUCCAGUGGCACUACGGGGGUGACAAAAAAGAGUUCCUGCCCCGUCUCGGAGGAUCUAUUUUACACAUAUCUACAUCACCCGAUGGCCAGUUGUUCUGCACAUCUCAUUCAGACAACAAAAUCACAGUUAUCGAGAGCAGUCUCAAGGUGUCUGCUGUCAUUCAGGGUUUAGUCAAAGGAGAUGAAGUUUUGACUGAUCUAAUGAUUGACCCGCGCAGUAAAUCUCUGGUGCUGAACGGGAAACCGGGUCAUCUGCAGUUUUACUCCCUUCUGCGCGACAAGCAUCUCUAUAAUCUGGAUAUUGUGCAGCAAGAAUAUAUUUAUGAAGCCGGUCUGGAUCAGUUUGAGGUGGUCAAGGCGGCCUUCGAUGUAAAAGGCUCUUGGCUCGCUACAGUGGAGCAAAGGGGGAAGAAGUCCUCCGAUCUAGAGAUUUUCCUCAAAUUAUGGGCUUUUGAUGAGCAAACACAGAGUUUUGUUCUGAAUACCUCCAUUGCUGCCGCCCACGAGGAUCAGAUUAUGUCCAUGUGCUUCAGCUCUUCUGAGGAGACCACCAUGCUGGUGACCACAGCCAAAGACUGCCAGUUUAAAGCAUGGGUGCAGGGGUCCGAAGCAGACACACAACAGUCCUUCUGGUCAUGUGAUUUUGUGGGAAGCUACCAUAACCUAAGGCCCACAAACUGCAGCUUCUCAGCUGAUGGCUCUCUUCUGGCAGUAAGCUUCCAGGAAGUAAUCACCAUAUGGAGCCCAGAAACCUGGGAGCUGCUCUCUACCCUGUGCCAACCACCUGGAGAAAUAAGGGACCUUUGUUUCGGCCGGUUAAGCUGCUCCAAAUACCUGCUCGGCACGACCACCAAGAACCUUCUCUGCUGUUGGAACCUCCUCACUUGUGCAUUGGAGUGGUGCAGUUCUUUAGAUGUUGGAACGUUGCUGCCUGACCCCCUCUCUGAAAACGUGGCUGCAUUUUCAUACCAGCCUACACAUACAGACCUGUUUGUUUUCAGACCCAGCGAGCCCCGGCCUUUAUUUGCUCAUAAGUCAGUGUGCUCGGGGAAGGUGCAUCGCGCCGUCUUUGUUCCCCGGGAAGAGCUGUUGGCCAGAUGUGAUGAAGGUUCCCAGUGGCUCAACAGAUCUCAACUGUACUUUCUCAGCCAAGCCAUGGAUUUGUUGACAUUCAGCACGGCAACAGAAGACGACAGGAUGUUGGCUGCGAGUAAACGGCUGGUGGUUGAUGAUAGUGUUGCUGUGACUCCAUUUUACCUGCUGUUGGGCAAACAUAGACAACAGCAGGAGAAACCCAAUACAUCAAAUCCUGUGACCCACAAACCUCAGCUGCCACAGGGGUCAGUCGCCAUCAAAGAGUUGUUACACACGGCAGCUCACGUUUUGCCGGCCGCUUCGGUCCUGUGCUCACUGUUCGUCACCUCCCUCCUGAUCUCCAAUACUGGAGUCCGAGAGGAAAUGGAUUCUUCAGAGCAGGAAAUGGACAGUGAGAAAGAGGAAGAAGACUCCGAGGAGGAAAUAGAAGCGUGUGACAGUCAGCAGGAGCUCAGAGCUCAAGGUUCUGUGGAUGAGGUGACCCCAAAGCUUUCCAAAGCGCAAGAGAAGGAACUGAGAAAAGUCAGAAAAACUGACUUUAGUUGGAUGACUGGCCUCAUUGACUCCAAAUCAUGAUCUUGCAAUUUCACAAUAUAAAUAAAUGCUUCAGCUCUAUU